AUGCCCAAAAAGUUUCAAGAUUACCUCUUCAAGAUCAAAAACCCACGCCCUCAAAUUCGAUUACCCUUUAACUCAAUAUCCUCUCCUAAGAACUGGGUUCUCUCUGGUUGCAAGCAUCCAAGGACACCCUCUUUCGCCUUAUACAACAGAAACGAUGCUGAUCAUGGUAACAACAAUAAUCGCCACAACGACGAUGCAGCCACCCUGGCGGACAUAGAUCGUUUCCUCUUCGAGAAUUUCAAGUCUUUAUACCUCAAAGACGACGAACAAACCGAAAACAUUCACAACACCAAAAGGGUAUCCGAAGAUCAAAACCAUGCAGAAGAAGAAGCUCCUACGCUAGGUUCUCUUUUGUUCGAGUCACCCAGGUUAGUGGAAACGCCACGUGAUCUUUGUAGCUCCACUCGGUUCUUCGUGAAAACAGGGUUCUCUGGGUCACUAGUGGAGGAUGCUCUAACGACCAUGACAAACACGAGCGAGGAAGCAGGUUCGAUCUCAACAACAACCUCAACCGCAACUCUCAACAAUGUUUCAUCACUUUCAUCUUCAGAUUCAAAGGAGGCUACGGAACACACUCUUCCCGAUAACAGCAUCGCUCUCUUAACGUACUCGCCGAGCCCCUACGAAGAUUUCAAACGUUCCAUGCAAGAAAUGGUGGAAGCCAGGUCGAGGAACAACCUCAUCAAUUGGGAUUUCAUGGAAGAGCUUCUGUUUUGUUACCUAAACCUUAAUGACAAAAAAUCCCAUAAGUUCAUUCUCGGGGCUUUCGUCGAUCUCAUUACCUCCAUGCGUUCAAAUUCCGAUGCUGUUCCGGCCAAGCCACGUAGCGUUCGAACUGUUAGGACUGUUCCCGAGUUGUGGAACGAGAACAAAGAAGUAACGUUAGAAUUUGGGUCUUCCUAA